AUGAUUUCCGAAGCCGACCUCAAGAUAUCAGCCCAAACAUCAUUAAAAGCGUUGCAAAUCUGGUCGCUGGGGACCCCAGACCUGGCAAAUGCAGUUGAAUGGCAACACGAUCUCGAUCCUGAGAUUGCAUCGCUAGUGGUAGCCUGCCAGCAUCUCAGGAAGAAUGGAUACAGGAAGGGACGGAAACGUUUAGCCCAGAACAGCAUUUUGAAUCGGCUUGUGCAAGCCAUGGUGGAAGACCUCACCGACGACUCUCUGAAAAUAUUCGCACUUCUCACCUGGCAUUUCAACGCAGAUUUUAGUGUGCCUCUUCCCCGUCAGCUUCUUCUAUUCUUCGACGAGCCUUCGAAAAUCUUCGAAGAUGUUUGCACUGACAUUCAUCGCCGAUACACGACAAUGGCCGAAUCGGAGUCUGCAAAGAGCUUCAAGAGAAGGGUUAUCAGGCUCCUAGGGCUUGUGGAACAUUAUGUGUUUGAGGGGAAAUGGUCUUGUAUAUUUAAAUCGUCGGAUUAUGUUAUCAUCGUUGCAGCAAUCUGUCAAUAG